GUCUCUCUUGAAGUUAUGUAGAAUUAGCAUUCAAUAGCCGCUACGUGAGCCACAAUGGAGUUAUUUGAACGCAUCUUCAAGAAUGUAAUUUCCUUGCCAUACUUGCUUCCCAUCCGCGAAAUCUUCUUUGCUUGGUCUUGAAAUAAGAUACCUCUUCAUUUUACUCCUACUCAUAUCAAACUCUAUAGCAUUAUUUCUUCAGGAUGGGCAGUCUAGCUGAGCCAAAUGUUCCCCCCUUGCCGGGGUUAAGGCCUACAAAUCCCCUCUUCUCCCUUGCAGGGCGCACAAUAGCCAUAACGGGAGCAGGCAGAGGUUUGGGGAUUACACUCGCAGCUGCUGUACUUGAGGCUGGCGGCCAUGUAGCAUGCAUCGAUAUUCUUCUCUCACCAUCUGAACCCGAAUGGACAUCUCUCCAAACCAUCGCGAAAUCAGCCAAUCUCACCGUAUCAUACCACCAAUGCGAUAUCAUCCUCGAAGAUGAAAUCUCAGCUACUCUAGAUAUUAUCGCAGAUGCCGGCUCUAAGCUUGGUGCUCCGUUCCAAGGGAUCAUUGCCUGCGCCGGCAUCCAGCAAAAAAUCCCGGCAGUGGAAUAUCCGGUCGAUGGCUUCAGACGGGUCAUGGAUGUCAAUGUAACCGGAACUUUCUUGACCGUCAAACAUUCGGCUAGGAUCUUCAUAGCCGAGGGGACGAAGGGUAGCGUGAUUAUGAUUGCAUCUAUGUCGGGCCAAGUCGCAAAUAGGGGUUUGACGUGUACUGCAUACAAUACUUCGAAGGCAGCUGUGCAACAGAUGUGUAGAUCUGUUGCUCAGGAAUGGGGUGUUCAUGGAAUCAGAGUAAAUACUCUAUCUCCAGGAUAUAUUAGGACAGCGAUGACGGACGGGCUUCUCGCUGCUGAGCCAGAGGUGGAGAAGACAUGGAUGGCAGGUGCUUUGUUGGGUCGACUCGGGGUACCUGAGGAUUUUAGGGCCCCCGCUGUGUUUUUACUUGCUGAUGGUAGCUCAUGGAUGACUGGUGCAGAUCUUAGAGUCGACGGGGGACAUUGUGCUUCCGCAUGA